CAUGUCCACAGGGCAUCGGCAUUCCCAAAAUACCCCAAGUUGGAUCGAGCUCGCCCAGCGGACGGUAAAAGAGAUCAAUGAGAUAAGGGCAGAGGAAUUCCUGCCCCAGUGAAGCCUUAUGGGUAGCGGCGGCGGCGGUGACUGGGGUCGGUCAGAGAGGGGUAUGUAUAGCAGCCUAGCUGGUAAAGUGCCCCGGGGAGACACAGGUUUAGAAAAAAAAGGAAGAGGAAGAAAAAAAAGAAAAGGGGGGGAGUCGUUCAGGAAGAGGCUGCCGCUGUCGCGGAACGCUUCAAACGGUAAGAGGGGAACUCGGUGUUUGACGUCACGGUUGGCUCGGGAGUUCGGAGGGUGCCUACCUGACGGACGGCUCGACGGAGCGCGGAGCGCACCUGGGCGCGUGGCCACUCCCGCGCUUCUCCUCCCCACGUACGCGUGGCCGGCGGUGACCGCUUGUUAGCCAUUACACGGUAGACCGGGAGGCGGUCUCGGCGGUGGCUUAAACAACCAAAACCCGCCAGUUCCGGUCACCACAAGUGGGGUUCGGCGGAGAGCCGACCAGGUCCGAACGGCCGCGCCGCGCCGGUCCCCGCGGCGGAGCCUCGGCAGCCCCCAUGCGUCGCGCAGUCGUAUUAUAUGAUAGACAAAAGCCACAGGUGCCAUUUUAAGCGAGCGGAUUAAACGGAGGAGUUCACCAUGUUCGGAGCGGAGAGGAGAGCGGAGAGCCGGCUGAAAAAGUUGGAAGCCACGAUGAGGGACCCGCAGUCCGUCCUCAACGUGGAGACGCUGCUGGAUUCCGUAAAUGCUCUGGCACUUGAUCUGGACUACCCUGCCCUGCGGAAAAACAAAAACAUAGACGCCUUUCUGAGCCGAUAUGAGAAGGCGGUGGAUCAGCUCCGAGAGCUGCAGGUGAAGCUUGAGGACUUCGACAGAGUGAAGCUGAUUGGGAGAGGAGCUUAUGGAGAAGUGCAACUGGUCCGUCACAAGGUGUCUCAGAGGGUGUACGCCAUGAAGCAGCUCAGCAAGUUUGAGAUGAUCAAACGCUCAGACUCCGCCUUCUUCUGGGAGGAGAGGGACAUCAUGGCCUUCUCCAACAGCCCCUGGGUGGUCCAGUUGUGCUGCUCUUUCCAAGAUGACCGUCACCUCUACAUGGUGAUGGAGUUCAUGCCUGGAGGAGACCUGGUCACCCUAACUAUGAACUAUGACAUGCCAGAGAAGUGGGCACGCUUCUACACGGCCGAAGUGGUGCUGGCGCUGGAUGCCAUCCACUCCAUGGGUUUCAUUCACCGGGACGUGAAGCCUGACAACAUGCUGCUGGACCAGCUUGGACAUCUCAAGCUCGCCGACUUUGGCACGUGUAUGAAGAUGGACACGACUGGCAUGGUGCACUGUGACACAGCGGUGGGCACACCAGACUACAUCUCCCCUGAGGUUCUCAAAUCCCAAGGAGGGGACGGUUACUAUGGCCGCGAGUGUGACUGGUGGUCCGUGGGUGUCUUCAUCUUUGAGAUGCUGGUCGGUGAAACUCCCUUUUACGCCGAGUCCCUGGUAGGAACGUAUGGAAAGAUCAUGGACCACAAGAACUCCCUCAGCUUCCCAGACGACAUAGAGAUGUCUAAGGAUGCUAAAGAUCUCAUCUGUGCCUUUCUAUCUGACAGGGAGGUGCGUCUGGGGCGCAGCGGAGUGGACGAGAUCAAACGCCACCCCUUCUUCAAGAACGACCAGUGGACCUUUGACAACAUCCGAGAGACUGUGGCCCCGGUGGUGCCAGAACUAAGCAGUGACAUAGACACCAGUAACUUUGAUGAGAUAGAGGAUGAUAAAAGCGAUGCUGAGACCUUCCCUCCACCCAGGGCCUUUGUCGGCAACCAGCUUCCAUUUGUCGGCUUUACUUACUUCAAGGAAGACCAGCUGCUGAGAGGAAAUAAAGGCAGCUCUGUGGAGGAUUGCGAGGACUGCGGGGAUAGCGCCGAGGAAAAGGAGUACUGCUCCGACAGUAAAAGAGAGCUGCAGAAAAAGCUACACCGGCUGGAGGAGCAGCUCAACCAUGAGAUGCAGGCCAAAGAUGGCUGGGAACAGAAGUGCAAAAAUGCCACCAGCCGCCUAGAGAAGUUGGUCAAAGAAUUAGACGAGGAGAUGAGCAGCAGGCAGAGAGUCGAGUCCUCUUUGAGGCAGCUGGAGAGAGAGCGAGCCCUGCUGCAGCACCAAAGUGCCGAGAACCAGCGCAAGGUGGACAUUGAGAUGGACAGAAAACGCAGCCUGGAGAAUGAAUUGAACAACCUGAAAGAUCAGCUAGAAGAGUUGAAGCGGAAGAACCAAAAUUCCCAGAUCUCCACUGAGAGGAACAUUCAGCUGCAGAGACAACUGGAGGAUGCCAACGCUGUCCUCCAGGCGGAGCAAGAGGCAGCUGGGCGGCUGAAAAAGAGCCUCACAGAAGUUCAGAAGCAGGCUCAGGGCCUGGAGGUGAGCCUCAGGGAGGUGCAGGACAAGUGCAGCCAGCUGGAAAACAGCAAGAUGGAGCUGGAGAAGCAGCUGAUGGGCCUGCAAGCUGAGCUGGAGGCCGAGAGGAGAGACCGAAACCUUGGGGCGGAGACCAUCGCCGACCUACAAGGGCGUAUCUCUGGCCUGGAGGAGGAGAUGAAGAUGGCUAAGUCCUCUCUCUCCGGGGCUGAGACGGAGAAGAAGCAGCUACAGCAGAGGCUUACUGACCAGAAGAAGGAGAAGACCAACCAGGCGAUCGACCUGACAUUCAAGCUGAAGUCGCUCCAGCAGAGUCUGGAGCAGGAGGAGGCUGAACACAAGGCAACCAAAGCUAAGUUCGCUGAUGAAAACAAGAUCUACCAGUCCAUCGAGGAGGCCAAGUCGGGGGCUUUGAAAGAGAUCGAGCACACCCUUCAGGAGGAGCGAAGCGCGAAGCUACAAGUGGAGGGAAAGUUACUACAAUUUGAGAAGGACCACUCCAUGCUGGACUGUGACUACAAGCAGGCCCAGCACAAACUAGAUGAGCUGCGGGCACACAAGGACAAGCUCUCUGAAGAGGUGAAGAAUCUGAACUUGCGCCUGGAACAAGAGAUACAGAAGCGGAGUCUGAGCCAAAAUGAUCUGAAGGUGCAGAACCAGCAGGUAUCUCUGCUCCGCUCAUCAGAGAAGCAGCUCAAACAGGAGCUGAACCACCUGCUGGACAUGAAGCAAAGCUUGGAGAAACAGAACCAGGAGCUACGCAGGGAGAGGCAGGAGGCGGAUGGUCAGCUGAAGGAGCUGAAGGACCAGCUGGAGGCAGAGCAAUAUUUCACGACCCUUUACAAGACUCAGAUUCGUGAGCUGAAGGAGGAGUGCGACGAAAGGAAUAAGCUUUACAAAGAAGCCCGGCAGAGACUGGAGGAAUACCAGGAGGAGAGGGACUCGCUGGCAUCCCAGCUGGAGGUUAGCUUGACCAAAGCAGACUCUGAGCAGCUGGCUCGCUCCAUCGCCGAGGAGCAGUACUCUGAUCUGGAGAAGGAGAAGAUCAUGAAGGAGCUGGAGAUCAAAGACAUGAUGGCCAGACAUAAGCAGGAGCUCGGCGACAAGGAGGCCACCAUCAGUUUGUUGGAAGAGUCAAACCGCACCCUCACAGUGGAUGUGGCCAACCUGGCGAGCGAGAAGGAAGAGCUCAACAACCAACUCAAGGAUAUGCAGCAACAGCUCCAGAAAACCAAGGAGGAGGAGAAAAAGAUCAACUCUGUCAAGCUCUCAUUUGAAAGGCAGCUGCAAAAUGAAAGGACGCUUAAGAUUCAGGCCGUCAACAAGCUGGCAGAGGUCAUGAACAGGAGGGAGAACGUGCACGGCGGUCACCGAGGUAACGACACCCAGGUGCGCAGGAAGGAAAAGGAGAACCGGAAGCUGCAGCUGGAGCUGAAGUCCGAGAAGAUGAAGCUCAGCAGCACCAUCAUCAAGUACCAGAAAGAGCUCAAUGAGAUGCAGGCCCUCAUACAAGAUGAGAGCCAGGGCCGUCUGGAGCUUCAGAUGGCUCUGGACAGUAAAGACAGUGACAUUGAGCAGCUGCGAAGUCAAAUCAGCUCCCUCAGCGUUCACUCGCUGGACUCCACCAGCAUCAGCAGCGGCAACGACCUGGACAUGGACGAUGGAUACCCAGAUACCAGGCUGGAGGGCUGGCUGUCGCUUCCUGCCAAGAACACCAAGAGGUUUGGCUGGGACAAAAAGUACGUGGUGGUGAGCAGUAAGAAGAUCCUCUUCUACAACAGCGAGCAGGACAGAGAGCUGUCCAACCCCUUCAUGAUACUGGACAUCGAUAAGUUAUUCCAUGUCCGACCCGUCACUCACACAGAUGUGUACCGUGCAGAUGCCAGAGAAAUACCCAGGAUAUUCCAGGUAUUGUACGCCAAUGAAGGCGAGAGUAAACGUGACCACGAGUUUGUGGUGGAUCCCCUUCCGUUCGGCGAACGCCCCUCCUACAUCGGCCAUAAGGGCCACGAGUUCAUCCCCACCCUCUAUCACUUCCCCUCCAGCUGCGAGGCCUGCACCCGGCCCCUGUGGAACGUCUUCAAGCCCCCGCCAGCGCUCGAGUGCCGCCGCUGCCACACCAAGUGCCACAAAGACCACCUGGACAGAAAAGAGGAGGUCAUAGCACCGUGCAAGGUGAACUACGACAUGUCCACCGCCAAAGAGCUCCUCCUCCUGGCCUGUUCCCAGGAAGAGCAGCAGCGCUGGGUCAGUCGGCUCAUCAAGCGCAUCCCCAGGAGACACCCGACCAGCAGCCCCCCAUCAGGAGUACAGGGCCAAACCCCAGAGUCGACAUUACGAUCGUCUCCUCGCCUCUCCCCCCGCCAAUCCCCCAGGAGCUCCCCGCACAUGUCGCACCACCGCGGAGCCAUCAAGAUCCAGCCCAGCAGACAGCAACAGUCGACAGGGAAGCCCAGUUAACCCUGGCCACCCGAAACGUGUUUUUCCCCCCAUGUGGAAUAUUCAACCACGGUCUGGACAAAAGCCCCUGUGUCCGUGGUUUGUUCACAGAGAGACUGCAAAAUACAUUUAAGAAAAGAUGGACAGCGACUCUCACAGUAACUGGAUUUCAUACUUGGAAGUGGGAAUCUCCUCGUCUCGCCUGCCUUAGUACACGUUGGACAUUUGAGACUCCCGCCACCUGUGAGGAAAAAGCAACAAACCCGAGCGCCACAACUGGCGAAGAAAAACGCUUUAUUUUAUAAUCAUCCUAACACAGACGUUGAUAUUUUACCAGUAUUUUCUUAAAUCUUUACUGAGAUCUGCAAAGUGUUUGCCGUGUGUAUGAACAUCUGUAUAUAUAUAUAUAUGAGGGACAGGACUGGUGAAGUAUCACAAAAUGGGGGGCUGUCUCUCAGUUUAUGAUAGUUAUAUUUUUAUGAAUAUAAUGUGUAACUCUGCAUUUGUUAAAUAUUAUAACUUGUAUAAGGAUGAAAAGAUGGUUUUAAGGAAUGGGAGGGUAUGACGUCAUGCAACGUAGAGUUUAAGUGUUGGAUCUGUGUCAGGAAACUAAAGGUAAAAGUAACAAUGUAUCAUGCCGUUCUUGAUGAGAUCAAAUAAACUGUGCAAACCUAACAUGAAAUAA